UAUAUAUAAAAGUAUGAGAACCUGGCUUGCAUUCAACAGUUUUAAAGCCGACGUAAGUGAGAGAGAGCGACCCCCAAAAAGCUGUGGGUGUGUGCAGCAAUGAUGUUUGUUACAAGUCGCCUCGUUAGGUGAAAAGGCUUAAAAAACCCCCAGAUAACAAGAACAAACAACUUAAAAAAAAAAAAAGAAAGAAGGAAAACAGUUUUUUGCUUGCUUUUUUAAUUUAAAAAAUAUUUUGUCCUUUUGAAGUGACUUCAAAGUUUUUGUGUGUUUAAAAAAUCAUUAUUUCCAAAAUAUUUAAACAUUUCAUAUUUAUUCUCUUCUCCGUGUGUAAAAUUAUAUGUUAUAACGAACAUUUCAAUAAAUAAUCCUGGAAACAACAACAUAAAAAAAGAAACAAACAGUUAAUCGUAAAAUACCUUGGUGCUAACAAAAAAAGUUUGGCUGAAAUUUUGAGCGCAACCAAAAUCAUUAUAUUUGCACAAAUAAUAUAACAGCAUUUCUUAGACGUUUUUUGUGUGUGUUUAUAAAUAUUCUUCACCAUCAAUCAACCAUACCCAGAGUAUAUAUAUAUAUAUUGCCUUCGCUUUGACUACUACUACUACCCCGAAGUGAAAACAUAAGCAUAUAUAUUUUUUAUAUAUAUAUAUAUAUUUAUAUAUACCAAGCUCAGCCACCCAGAUCUAACCAGGGUGACGACCCACAACAAACACAUUUGGAAUAUGACGAGUGCGACUUCUCUCUACGAGAUAAAAGAACCAAUUCGAACUCCGAACUCGGUUUCCCACAGAUCGUCGACCACAAUCGAUCGUAAAGCAGUUGGUGGCCCAGUGGAUGUCGGAUCGUCUGCAUCUCGCAGUCGGAAGAUUACCCUAUCGUCUGGCACACCAGUAGGAGCAGCAACUGUAUCCUCCAUCAUAUCCACUUCGACAAACAGCAGCAACACGUCCUCGUCUUCAUCGGCCCAGUACUACAUGCGUUUCAACAGCCAUAAUUCCUUGAUCUCAUCCAGUGGGCCAGGAGGUAAUAGUAGCAACAAUACCUCCCACAGCACGAUGGUUCCGCCUCAUCCUUGUAAAUUGGAUCGUAGCAUGAGUGAACCUGCCGAUUCCUCUCGCUCUGCAUCUAUCACCAAUGGCCACCAUCACCACAACGGCAACCACCACAAUAACAACAACAACAACAACAACAAUGGUGUUGGUAGUUGCAGCAGUAGCAGCAGCAGUGGCAGCAGCAGCAGUCUGAGUCAAAUAAAUUCUAACAAGUAUAAGACGGAGCUUUGUCGUUCAUAUGAUGAGAGUCGUCAGUGUAAAUACGGCGAGAAGUGCCGCUAUGCACAUGGCACCACAGAGCUGAGGACGCCAGCCAGGCACCCAAAGUACAAGACGGAACCCUGCCGCACGUACCAUUCCAGCGGCUUCUGUCCUUAUGGCCCGCGAUGCCACUUCAUCCACAAUGAGAACGAGCGCAAGACGUCUUCAGGUGGCGCCGCGUUCGGUGCUAACAGCAGGCCAAAGCUAAUCAGUUACAACUCUAGCCCACCAUCUCUUGGAUCCACAGGCGACUCUCCCCCUCCGUCCAGCGUCAGCGAGAGGCUGUCCAGCAAUUUGUCUGCUCUCGAGAGACUUGCAAUGUCGUCAUCUCACAAUGUUGGCGACGAGCUUGCUUUGGCCACUUCCAGAUUGUCUCCGAAUGUUCCUGGUACCCCUACGACACCGCCACCACUAUCCUAUGAAACGGUGCUACAGCAUGAAACCUACGAGAACAGUUUCCAUCCCUUCAACGCUUUCAGCUUGACAGGACAAGACUUCACCAGCGGAACUGGCAGUUUUACUUCGACUGGUCAGUCUUCAUACAGGAUGUUUUACCAAACUAUCAACGACCCUUCUGCAACCACUCACAUCUCGUCGAAUUCUUCAUCUUCAUCAUCUUUGUCCUCCUCGUCGACCUACGAUGGUUUCUAUGGUUUGGGUCCUCCUGAGAAGCCUUUUGCUGCUUCCAGAAUGCCAAUCUGGACCGAUUUGGAGGUGUAG